AUGUCUCUCUCGCGCAGCCCGUCACCCCAUCCCGGCGGCGGCUGGGCGAGUCCCGGCCUCAACUACAACAGCGGUCGCAACAGCCCGACCGGCUCCUUUCCCUUUCCCUCGCCCGGCGGCAUCUCCGCGCCAUGGGAGGCCACCAAGAUGAGGACCCUCGGCGUCACUGGCUACCCGUCCUUCUCGACUCACAACCAGGGCUUCUUCCAGCGUCACAUGCGCCGCAUCUCGAGCAGCCUGCCGUUCUUCAGCCAAGCAAAUCAGCCGCAGUACGGAGGUUUCAAGGACAAGCAAAACCGUGGGCCAUGGUCCGUACAGAACCUGCCUCUCAUCGGGAGGAUGCAGAGGCGAGCCGCCCGCAUGAAGAGGAAGACAAAGAUCCGGCUGGCAUACUCUUCUUCAUACUCUUCGCCGUCUGGGUCUUUUAUCACAGUCCUCUUUGUCUACCACUGGCGACGGACGUCAUGGCUCGGCGGAGGCCAAAAGUACGUCAUCAUUCUCGCGGCGAAUGUCGGAGGCGGCGUCAUGGAAUGGAAGGGCGCCCGGGAAUGGGCGAUAGAGAGAGACAGCGUCAAGAACAAGAAGGCGUACGCCGCCCGGUGGGGCUACGAACUGGAAAUCGUCGACAUGAGCACCAAGAAGCGAUAUGCGCACGAGUGGCGCGAGGGCUGGGAGAAGGUUGACUACGUCCGCAAUGCCUUGAGGAAAUACCCCAAGGCAGAAUGGUCAGUGGCUUGA